AUGAGUGAGGGUGCUGAUCCUAAUCCUACUAAGAAUUAUUCGCAAUCUGAUGGAUUCGGAGUAGGAACUACUCAGAUAGCAGCUUAUAUGUUUGCUGGUCUUGCUAUGAUGCUUAAUAUUAGACUGUCUUACAGUGCUGCUCCAUUUGCCUUGUUGAGGUUUAAGUUACCUGAGAAUCUCUUUAGUGUCUUUGUUAGGACUACUUCAAGUGCUUUGGAACUAUGGUGUAUUCCAAGCAUGCUCAUUGGUAAUAUAAUGGAACAAGUUUAUAACAAGACUCAAAAUACUACAGGACCUCAUGCCACAAGCCUUAAAGAAGCGGCUGGUACAAGUUCGGGUGAUGAAGGUAAACUUUGGAAACUGGCCAAGGAACUAAAUGAGAAUGCCAACUCACUAGAAGGUGCAGCUCCUGAAGGUACUACCGAUGAUGAGGCACUUAAACAAAAAGCUGGAGCAAAUGACCAAGUUCCUGGUACACUAAGAUACUUGGCCAAAACCCUCUAUAAUGCAGCCAAAGCACUAGCCACCGCAGUUACAGAAGCUAGUGGUACUGAUAAUCAGGCAUCCGAAAAUCUUGCCAAUGCUAUAGGUGAUAAAGAUGAGGCUCCUUCUGGUGGUAAACUUACUAAUCUUCGACAGGCACUCGCUCAACUUGCUAGUCGUGGUCAGGCCAGUGAUGUUACAAGUCAAUACAGCACAGUCGAAGGGAGAUUCCAAGCAGUUCAGAGACAAGAUACCUCAGGUCAAUAUACCGGUGCUGCAAAAGCUAAGUAUCAAGAAGUUAAAGCUGCAUGGAAUGCUUUUGAUAAAGUUUAUAAGGCUAAUCUCAAAAAUUUUGCCCAAGAUCUUAAGAAUGCUGUAGGAGAAGAAUCCGGUCCUGGACUCCAAGGGGCCCUCAAAAAUCUCAAUAGUGAUGGUUCUACUGAUAAUGCCCUUGAAGUAAUCAAGAAGUUCAACAACGUAGCUGAUAAAUACAAUAAGGUCAAAGAACUGGGAGAUACAUAUAAAGCCAUUGGAGCAACUCAAUCUCCAUAUAACAAUGUUGAAACUAAAUUCACUGAUCUUCAGAAAAAGUAUUCUGAGGCUAUAUAUAAAUACAAGUUUUAUUUCCUAACUAUUCCUUCCAUGAUAACUAAUUGGUUAAACUUCCUGACAUUUGUAAUCCUGUUUAUAAUUUAUGUUACUGGUGGUGACCAGGGUCAUGUUACUGGUUAUUACUGGAUUAUGGCAAUAUCUGGAUUUGUGUUUGGUAUUAAUAUGGUCCUAGUGUAUGCUGUAGAUUAUAGAUAUCUUCCAUUUUAUAUGGCUGGUGAAAACUCAUUUCCAAUGGUCACCUCACUAAUACUAUAUUUUGCUACAUCUAUAUUUGGAAAUCGGAGGAAAUAUAAUAGUGACUAUCUUGUUGUAGUCAUUGACGUCUCCAUAGCAAUCGUAAUAGCAUUUGUGGCCUCAGUACUAUGGACCUGGGCGUUCUACAACUAUAGGACUACAAUGUAUGAUGACCAAACUCCCAAUCCUUGGCCUCUAAUCUCACCUGUUGCUAUGGUGAUUGUCGGCAUGGGUCUGGUCUACUCUAUAUAUCCCGGUAUAGCACCUGGUAUGAUUGUACCAUUCUAUCUCAUUGAUAAGAUUGAAAUGGUACUUUUAGUGGCUACAGCAUUUCCACCAGUAAUCAUAGCUAUCCUGAGGAAAUACGCUGAAAACUGGUCUCCCCAAACCAAAUUCGUAUUCCCAGGCUUUGGUGGUUGGACAAAAUACACAGAUGGUUCUACAACUGUUCAUGCUUACAUCUGGCACCUCUUUGACAUCCUAAUUCCACUAAAGAUUUCCCUAGCUAUCAUAUUCAUUUAUUCACUUCAUUAUAGAGACUCAAGUAUAUCUCGUGCUAUUGUUAAUCAACCGAAAAUGUCUACUGCUCUUACUAUUACAUUUUAUAUGUGUCAUGAGAUCCUAUUAGCUUUGGGAUUUCCUGGUAUGGUAGGAAAUGGCGGAGCUGGAGGGGCAGUAUUACUACCAACACAAUAUGCUGGAGCUCUACUGAUGGUGUUCCUAGCCUUCUAUAGCAUAGGUUACAUAACUGAGUAUAAGAAACACGACCCUUCACGGUGGCCAACAGACGGAAUGACCAAGUUGAAUGCCCUGUGUUACUGGUUAAAGAUGGCGAGCAAAAUUACAAAUAAAAAUUUCAAACAAUUGUUUACAACUGAUCUAAACAUUUAUUAG